AUGAACACGGCCACGCAGGCCGCAAUGCUGGCCGCGGGGCCUCGAGCAGGACAGCGCUGGACCGCAGCGGACGACGCAACACUCCUCCAGAUGCGCGAACAACGACAACCUUGGAGGGUCGUCGCACAGGCUUUGCAGAAACUUCCACUUGCCUGCCGUCUGCGGAUGAAUCAAAUCACCAAGAAGCGACGCAGAGCCGAGCGGGCACUCAAGGCUGAGCAAGAUGCGCUCGCGCUUGCAGCUCUCCAGCGGCUGAGUGUGAGUGGCGAUGGCAGUGGCGGCGGCAACCGCAACCGCAACGAUGGCAGCAGCAAUGCGAACGCGGAGGGAUCCAACGGGGCUCAAAGUAAUAACUGA